UUGUUACUUGUCACAUUAUACAAACAUGAGGUACAUAACGAUGAAUGAUAUGUUGCCAAGUUUUUACACCAAGCAACAUAACAAAAUGAGAGGUUUAUACAUAGAUGGUUUGGGCUACCAUGGGGACACAAAAUUUGUUAUUAUAAGAUUAGACCAUUCUUGGGUUUUGAAGUUUAUGGCUCGUGCAACAAUUUUAGCAUUGGUAAUUGUUUCCUUGCCCUGGAUUAAUACGAUAAUCGGGUACUUAUCGCGCUGCGAAUCUAAUUCUGCUUUCAAAGUUCAUGAGAUGGCUUUUAAUCCAAUAAAUUUGGAGUUUUUGCCUAUAAUUUUUCGAGAUUUGGCAAAUGAAGGCCUUUUAAGAAUGGGCGAUAGAUCCCUUCUUGUAACCAGUGGCAAUGAGGAAGUUAUUUACAAUUCUCAAAUUGUUAAAGAUUACAAUCCAGAUUUGAUUUCUUUUUCAGAUUCGACACGACAAGAUCUUGUUCCUAAUGAAACUUUUGACUUUGUAUUUUCCUAUGGUUUCCCUCAGUCCUCAAAUUUUAUUGAACGAGCUUUGAAAGUAGGUGGCAUUGUAGUUGCACCACUUAGUAACAAUCCAAUGGCUGAAUUUCCACAGCCAUCAAAUUAUAAGAUUGUCUAUGUACGAAAAUUUGAUUCAACUAUUGUAGCCAUGAGGAAAACAAGGAAUGUCUCUAUCAGCUCUUCUAGCAAACGACGGCUUUGUAAUUCUCUUACAACAAAUGCAAGAGAGGCCUCGGGUCUGAAUCCUGAGAAUGAAAAGCUUUUUGGUAGGAAACACUUUACUUCCCUUAGUCGGCCAAGCCUGCACGAAUUCAAAUUGAUCAGACCAGCUGAUUUUGAACAUCGGAUGCCUAAAGCGAAGAAAACAAAUGCAAAAGAGGCAGCACUAAAGAAACUAGAAGAUGUACUACUUGAACCACCAAGAGCAGCAUCAGGAAAAUCAAGUAGAUAUUUAAAACGGACUCGUUAUUUACCAGAUUUAAUGGGUGUUUCCCUUGAAAAUUAUCCAAGAAGAGUAUUUAUUGAUGUUGGUUUACAAGACAAGAAUGAAGGAUCAGAUUGGUUUUCAAAAUACUAUCCUACAAAAAACACAAAAUUUGAGAUAUUCAAGAUUGAGACAGUGACAAAAGAAUCAUCUGGAAAGGAGAUACCAAUGAUUAUUAGCAUGUCUGAUUGGUUAAAAAAUAAUGUAAAAGAAAGUGAGUAUGUGGUAAUGAAAGCUGAGGCUGAUGUGGUUGAGGAAUUGGUGAAAAACAAAGCUAUUAGGUUAAUUGAUGAACUUUUCUUGGAAUGUAAACAUCAAGGAAUGAAAAAAGGUGAUAAGAAAAAUAGGAGAGCAUAUUGGGAAUGCUUAGCAUUGUAUGGAUUGUUGAGAGAUGAGGGUAUUGCUGUGCACCAAUGGUGGGGUUGAUAAAAAAUUGUAAAAAAUAAAUUAAAAGAUAGGUGGGGUGAGCAAAAUAGAAAAUGAGGUUUUUAACUUUGCUUAUUGGUUUUGUGUGUAUUCACUUGCUAGUGUUUAUUGAUCAUGUAUUACUUUUGAGCAAAAUAAUAUGAUAAUGGGGUAUAUAUAAUAUAAACUGAUAUGUAGAUGUAAUUCUUAUA